AUGGGAGGCAGAUGCAUCAAUGUUUUCCAUGUGACAAUUGGAUUCUUGCUAGAUAUAGAGGACGAGGACCUGUUUAUCCAGUGUGAGACAUUUGAGGAGUCCAAGGCCGAAGACGACGAGGAAUUGUUAAAGAUAUGCGAUGGGAUUGACAUGAACAAUCACCAAGAGGUCUUUUCGUGUCUUUUCAAUAAAGUGAGCAGCUCUCCAGUCGCCAUCCAACUGCUGUCCAUUCUCCAGACCCUUUUGCAUUUGGAACCUUCUCAUCACUCCAACCUGUUGUUGUGGGAAUCUUUGGAAAUCUUAGCGAACAGAGCCAUUUUGCUUGCCAAUGACAUCCAAGGGAACAGCAUUGAAGAAGUCCUGGAGAGACUGUUAUCCAUAAAGAAGUGCCCAAACCAACGAAACUUAGAGCAAAAGCGAUCAGCUGAGAGAGUGAGCAAAAGCACUCAGACCGACACAGAUUUCGGGGAGUCCCUGAGUGCAGCUCAGAGCUCUACUAUGACAGCCUUCCCUCCAGCGGCAGCAGCACGUUCACCGGGGCCACCAGGAGCCACAGAGAAUGUCUCACCCUCCCAGCUAGCAGCCUGCUCCACUUCACCAGGGCAGUGCAUAUCCCCGCCUAGUGCUGCUCCUCCUCCUCCUCCCCCACCACCACUGCCCGGCAUGGCAGCUGUGCCAGCCCCUCCUCCCCCACCACCACUGCCCGGCAUGGCAGCUGUGCCAGCCCCUCCUUCCCCACCACCACUGCCCGGCAUGGCAGCUGUGCCAGCCCCUCCUCCCCCACCACCACUGCCCGGCAUGGCAGCUGUGCCAGCUCCUCCUCCCCCACCACCACUGCCCGGCAUGGCAGCUGUGCCAGCUCCUCCUCCCCCACCACCACUGCCCGGCAUGGCAGCUGUGCCAGCCCCUCCUUCCCCACCACCACUGCCCGGCAUGGCAGCUGUGCCAGCUCCUCCUCCCCCACCACCACUGCCCGGCAUGCCUCCGCCUCCUCCCCCACUGCCCGGCCUGGGAGGUAUGCCUCCACCGCCUCCCCCAUUGCCCGGCCUGGGAGGUAUGCCUCCACCGCCUCCCCCAUUGCCCGGCCUGGGAGGUAUGCCUCCACCGCCUCCCCCAUUGCCCGGCCUGGGAGGUAUGCCUCCACCUCCUCCCCCACUGCCCGGCCUCGAGGGCAUGCCACCCCCUCCCCCUCCAGAAGGCAAUGUGGAGGAAGUAGUGGUUGCCCACAUUGACUAUGCUUUGGGCUACGCCAGGCCUUUCCCCAAGAAGGUGAAGACUCCGACCCUGAGAAUGAAGAAACUCAACUGGCAGAAGCUGCCCUCCAAUGUGGUGCGAGAAAGUCGCUCCAUGUGGGCAUCAGUGAGCAGCGGCAGCGAUGAAACUAUAGAGCCUGAUUACAUGAGCAUUGAGCAGCUAUUUUGUUUUCCGCAAACAAAGCCCAAAGAGAAAGCGGCUACCCCAGUGAAAGUGGAACCAAAGGAGAUCACGUUCUUAGACUCCAAGAAGAGUCUCAAUCUGAACAUAUUUUUGAAGCAGUUUAAAUGCUCAAAUGAAGAAGUAGUUGACAUGAUUCAAAAAGGGGACAGGACCAAGUUUGAUGUGGAGGUUCUGAAGCAGUUACUGAAGCUGCUACCUGAAAAGCAUGAGAAAGAAAACCUGAAAGCCUUCAAGGAAGAAAAAGCCAAGUUAGCAAGUGCAGAUCAAUUUUAUCUUCUCCUCCUCAGGGUUCCCAGCUACCAGCUGCGGAUUGAGUGUAUGCUGUCAUGUGAAGAGACCAGCGUCAUGUUAGAUAUGCUACAGCCAAAAGCAGAAGCGAUCAGGAAAGCCUGUGAAGAUCUUCUUACGACCCAUCGCCUGCCAGUUUUUUGUCAACUGAUUCUCAAAGUUGGAAACUUUCUUAACUAUGGAAGUCACACUGGAGAUGCCGAUGGCUUUAAAAUUAGCACUUUACUCAAACUAACUGAAACCAAAGCAAACCAAACCCGUAUUACUCUGCUCCACCAUAUUCUGGAGGAAGUAGAGAAAAGUCACACAGACCUCCUGCAGCUUCCCAAGGACCUUGAAUAUGUCUCAAAGGCAGCCGGAAUUAACCUUGAAAUCAUACGCGCGGAAUCCAGUUCCAAUUUAAAGAAGCUGCUGGAACUUGAACGAAAGGUUUUGUCCUCGAAAGACGACGUGAAAGCCCAGUAUGAGACGCCCAUCCAGGACAGCAUAAAUGCAUCAAAGAAGUUGGAGGAGGAGUUUGAAAUCAUUGAAACGAAGAAGGGGGAACUUGCAAAUUAUCUCUGUGAAGAUGCAAACAAGUUGUCAUUAGAAGAUAUAUUUAGCACCAUGAAAACCUUCAGGGAUCUCUUCAUUAGAGCACUAAAGGUUUGCAUUUGUGAAUAUUAUGUAGAAAACAAAGACCGGAAGGAACAAGCUGCAAAGGCAGAAAAAAGGAAGAAACAGUUGGAAGUGGAAGAGGCUAAGAGACAAAAGGGAGACAACGGGAAGAUCAUUAAGAAAGGGGCCGUGAAGCAGGAGGAGGUGUGCGUUAUUGAUGCCCUGCUGGCCGACAUAAGAAAAGGUUUCCAGUUGCGAAAAACAGCUAAGAACAAGAGUGAGCCAAACGCUGCUCCUAAAGCCUCACCUGCCGAAACGCUGAAGGAGAGAGAGCCUGGAAAGAGCGUUGAUGCUUCAGAAGCAGCAGCAGCGAAGGAAAGUGCCUAUGAGACCAAGCAAAAGGAUAGCAGUCAGCACACAGAAAACACUCCUGCCUCAGAAGCUGCUGCCAUUGCAAGGGCUACCGGUAAAGUUGUCAAAGAGGCACCAGCUUCCAACGAAGUGCUUCCUAAAGACGGAGCUGGAGGAAAUUCGCCACAACAGCCCUGUACUGACAGGAGCUUCCAACCUUCAGCUGAAGUUGAGGGAACCCAUCAGCCCAACAAUGGACUGAGUAUUCAGCAGAUCAACGGCUCAUGUAGCUUUCCAGAGAACGUGGAAUACAACCCCAUUGUGUUUGCGCCAUUGAACCCAGGAACAACUAUAAAGUUUGCAAGCAGCUCUUCAGGCAACUGCAUUGGUUUAGGAGAGGAACUGAAUGGCUCCAUCUCAGGAGAUAAAAACAGUGCGUUCGGACCCGCGCAGUUAGAAAGAGGCCCGGUGUCUAAUGAACAAAUGUCACAACCAAGUGAUGCAGUUGGGAACGAGGCUAAAACCAGAGUUGAACUAGCACGUGACGGUGCUGAAAUGACUCCAACCAAAGAGUCGAGUUCUCAGCAUACAGAGGUAAGGGAGACAGAGAAAGAAAAUGACCCUGCUGUGGACUCAUUGCUGGACACCUCUCAGGAGAAAUCCUUCUCAGAAGAGCCAGUGACUGAUUCUUCUUGCUCGGCAACAGUCCCUCCGGCGCAAGCACUUACUGACAAGGAAAGGCAAAGAGGGUCUGGGAAACGGAGAAAGAAUAGACGGCACAGCAAAAGCCAGUCAGGGCCCAGUCCUGCACCAGUGAAGUCAAUAGGAGUUUUACCAUCCUCAGGAAAAACACUGUUUAAUGCAGUUGUCCUUUAA